GACCACAGCAGGGACCACGGCAAAGACUAUGGCAAAGAUCACAGCAAGAAUCAUGGCAAGGACCAUGGCAAAGAUCACAAGGACCAUGGCAAAGCUAUAACAAAAGGCAGCAUAAUUAUAACAAUAGUGGCAACCAUAAUCCUGACGGGCUUAACCACCGCUAUAAUAACUGUAAUAAAAUAGCUUGGCUACCUAAUAAUAACAAUGAAGUGCAAUUGGUAAUUCAAUCUAGCAAUAACAAUAAAGCCCAACUAUAUAAUAGCGAAAUAACACAGUUCGAUAAUAAUAUACAAUCAGAUAAUAGUAUUGAAAUAAUAUAUUUAGAAGACCAAACUACCAUAUCUACAAAGUAUAGUACUCAAAUCUUGGCACCGCCUUUUGUUGGACAAACAUUCAACACUUGGGAGUAUGCUGAUAAAUAUCUUAACGAUUAUGUUUGGCGGGAGAAUUUUGUAAUUAUCAAACUUAGAAAUAAUCAAGAUUUUUCGCCAGAGAAAGUUUGUAGACAACACACUUAUGCGUGUGAUCAUCAAGGCAAUUAUGUACCUAAAAAAUCUAAAGCUGCAAUUGUUAGUAUAAUAUCAUUAAGCCUUAAACACAAUCACCUGCUUAAUUCUAUAACUAACUCAUAUGCUACCAAAAAUCAAAUACUACCCAAAGCUGUCAUACAAGAAAUCCACUUUUAUAUGGCCCAAGGAAAUCUUAGUGCAAUAAUUCAGCACAGAUUUCUGUCAGCCAAGUUUCCUGAGAUUACGAUAUAUCCACGUGAUCUACAAAAUUUAAUACAAAAAUACAAAGUAACUAAUUAUGAAGAAAAUGACAUAUCAAAACUACUAAGACAGCUACUUACCAAAAAAGCUGAGGAACCAGGAUGA